AUGACCGUUGAAAAUGGCGGGCGAACGAGACAAUUAGAACAUCGCAAAGGAUCAUGGUUAUCCUCGCCCCAGUCUCCAGGAGGAAAUGUUGAUGUUGGUGAUUCGAAUCCAGUUAAGCUACCUCCUCGCCGAAUUCUCCCGCACAAACGUGACAUAAUUGAUCAACAGAUUGAUGAUCUCCUGUCACAAGAUAGGAUUGAACCUUCACAGAGCCCUUGGAGUAGUCCUKUAGUUCUGGUGAAGAAAAGUGACGGAACCUAUCGAAUGUGCAUUGACUACCGAGCUCUGAAUCAAUGUACAAUAAAGGACGCACACCCCCUUCCUCGGACAGAUGAUGUACUGGAGCCGGAAAGGCAGGUAGCUCACUGGCUGGAACAGCUGCAAGAAUACGAUUUUGAGGUAGAGCAUCGCCCCGGAAAAUACCAUCAAAAUGCUGAUGCGAUGUCAAGAAAGCCACGACGCCAACAUGGAGACUGCCCAUCGUGUUGGCCAACGUCUGAUCCCAGUAUGACUUUUCACAGACUGAAAGCCGACCAAGAAGUGUCUGAUGAGGGUUCAACUGAAACAAACGUGUGGUCCUGGAGUUUACUAGCAAAGGCUCAGAAAGAGGAUCCCGAUAUUGGUGUAAUCUUCUCACUUAUACUUCAAGAAGAAAGGAAACCGACUCAGGCAAUGCUCCAAGGCAUGACUUCUAAACAGCGUGCUGUUGCUGCCCAGUUUCAACUUCUGGAAGUAAAAACUGUCAAAGAAGCGAGCAACAGUACAGAUGUCAUAUCAUCAUCUACAGCACCAACUGAUAUCCAUGACGGACUGUUCACCUGCCCAGAAGUGGGAUGUGUGAAAUCAUAUCAACGUUGGUCAGCUCUUCAACAUCACCUUGAGAUUGGCAAACAUGAAAGGGCACUUGAGAACGACACUCUAAUGGAUAAAGCAGCACAGGGCUAUGCUGAGCGACUAGAACAGCAGGCGGUGGCAAUACCUAACGUCAUUGAAGUAGCUGGUAAGAAGACUAAAGAAUCAGAGCGUUCCGCACCUGCAGAAAUGGGCUGGGCCCUCAAGUCAACGCAGUCGACAAAGAAACGAUUCUCAGACAAGCAAAAGACCUAUUUGAUGAAAAUGUUUCAGCUUGGAGAGAGUACUGGGUACAAAGCCGAUCCUUCAGCAGUUUCAAAGGCAAUGAUCAAAGCAAGAGGCGAUGAUGGUAACCGACUAUUCAAUAGCGAAGACUUCCUAACUACACAACAGAUCCGAAGUUUUUUUUCACGGACGGCUUCCAAAAAAAGACUUGACGCAAAGACCACACAAUGCACAGAUGAACUGAUUGAAGAUGAUGACAAUCUUGAUUAUGACGACGAGAAUGCAGAAGAAGAGUACGAACUCGAAGAGCUCACAAACAGAGUUAAUCAAGAAAUAGGAUUACAACAUCCAAUAGUAUAUGAUUCACACAAUAUCUGUGAGCUUCUAUCAGCCAAUAAGCUUAAUAAAUUUAAUAUCAAAAUGCUGAAAAUAAUUUGUUCGCAUUUUGAAUUAGACACUUCAGAAAUAACAGCUAAAUUGAAACAACCGUACAUCUCAAAACUACGAGUUUUUUGGAAAAACUGUUCGUGUUAG